CCACAAAACAAGAUGUAUACAAAAUUCUAUUAAAAGAAGAAAAAAAAAAUCCUUAAUUAUUUUAACAAAUGCAAAAAUGUCGAAGUUCAUUGCGGACAUUAAUGAACGAUUAUUCUAUUAUGUAUCGACUGGAGAUUUGGAUAAUGUUAUUAAACUCCUUCUAGAAGGAGCAAGUGCAACAAAGAAAUCUUCUUGUGGUCGUACAGCUUUAGGGCAGGCGGCUUUAAAAGGACACACUGAAGUAUUGGAAGUGUUACUUCAGUCAUGCGAGGAAGGUGACACAGUUUUUAAUUCCAGAACUGUAGCCAGAUGUACAGAUAUGGAAAUUGACUAUACCCCAGAUGGUAUGGAUAAUCUGGAAUGGGAUGACGAAAUCGAUAGUGACUCUUGUACGACAUCUGAAAACGAUGAAUGUUCAUCGUUGUACCUUUAUUAUGCUAAGACUUUUGAACAAACUGGAGCAAUUUUAGUAAAUAAUAAUUACGGAUCGAAGCGUGAAGAUCCACACUCGGUUGAUGCCUUGAGUCGUGCUCCAAUACACUAUGCGGCAGCAUAUGGUCACAUUGAUUGCCUUAACAUAUUGUUGCAACACAAGUCGCCAGUGGAUAUUACCACUGCAAAGGGUAUAACACCGUUGCAUUUAGCAGUUAAUAGCGAAGAGAUUGUUAGGUUGCUACUCAGUCAUCGGGCCAAUCCGAAUCGGAAAACCUUUACAACGGGUGAGACGGCUUUGCAUAUUGCAAUUCGUCAAGGGAAUCUUCAAGUGGUGGAAUUGUUACUCCAAUCAGGAGCUUAUAUAAACGAAACAAAUAAUCGUGAGUACACACCCCUGAUGUGUGCCAUUGAAUUGGAUGCUGAUGAAAUUGCAUUCAGUCUUGUGAGCAAAGGGGCCAAAUUGAAUCUGGAAGAUUGUAAUGGACAUACGGCGCUAUAUCUGGCCGUAGCACGAAACAAAGUCAACUUGGCUGGUUAUUUGCUCCAGCAUGGAGCACGUCUUCUCAUUUCCCACUACCUGCUACACAAAUGCGUUAAGCAUGACUAUCAUGAAAUGGCUAGACUCCUCCUUGCCCAUGGUGCGGGUGAUAAUUUAAAUGUUAGAGAUUUAGCUGGUUGUACAGCAAUAUUCUUGGCUAUAUUCAGUUGUAAUGCCGAGAUGUUGGAGUGUUUGCUGGAGAAUGCCAAUAGAAGGGGGAUUCAACCAAUCGAUCGUAAUUCAAAUGAAUUGUAUUAUGCAGUUCAGUAUGCUGAAUCGGUUCAACGAUUCGGAAGAGUUGCAAGGGUAUUGUUGGCACACGGUGUGCCAUUGAAUACACUUGGGACAUCAUGUUGUCAGACUCCAUUGACCAGAGCUAUAGCGUUGAAAAAGCUAGAUAUUGCAGAGUUCUUGAUUAAGGAGGGGGCUGAUGUGAAUAUUAUUUGUACGGAACAUGUAGCUGAUACGCUGCGAGUGGCACUAAGGUCAUCGUACCUGAAUUUGCUGAUAUUGUUGGUCCAUGCUGGUCUCAAUAUAUCACUUUUUCAACCAGUCAAUCGUCACAAGCCCCAUUGGAAUGCUAAUCGUCAAGAUCUUGAAUCAUGGAUAACCUAUCAGUGCCGCAAUCCGUUGUCAUUGCAAAGUUUGUCUCGAAUUCAAAUACGAAAACAUUUAAUUAACAAUUUGGACAAACCAAUCGCCAAUACGAAUAAUCACAACGAAUCUCGAUUACGUAUGCUGAUUAAACAAACUGGAAUACCAAUUCCAUUGCAGAAAUACUUGAGCGAAUUUGAUGAUUUGCCAAGAAUUUGUUGAAUGUUGUUAUAAACGAUUUAAUAAUAAAAAAAAAAAGAAAAACAAAAACUGUAGAGUUCAAAAUGUUGGUCAAUAAUGUAAUACAUAAUUAAAAACAAAACAAAAAAAUUUAAGAAAAAACAAGUCAAUAAAUGCAUUUACUAGAUA